AGCAGAGGGACAGUUUAUAUUCAGAUCUGGCUCAGACAGCAAAUACAUUACUAACAUAUUCUAAGUUCAUGUCGAUGGAUUUUCUAUUGGGGAGAUCACACUUAUACCUGCAAUAUAAAAUGUUUACAAAGGGACUUUUUUAUUUUUAUAGGUGAUCUCUAUUAUUGUGCACCUGCAGGUUUUGUUUAUUUAUUGGGAAGACUGAGCUGCGGUUACUUAUGGAUAUACAACACCAAUCUUGCAUCUGAUUUCUGGGAUGGGCUGUGUGAACUUUACAAAGAUCAGUAUUAUUGGAAAUCAUUUACAUUUUAGACCCCAAAAGAAAAGGCAUUUUUCUUGAUCGCCGGUAGCUUUGGCUGCAUUGUCCCCAGCUACUGUCUACAAUGGUCUCCUAAUUCUAGCAAGAGUUAUUUGAAUGCAGAAGAUUUAAAUGUUCUCACUGCCUCUGAGAUCCUGCUCCUGGGAUGGUUUUUACAACUUGGUAGGGGUCAGCUGAGUGGAGACCAUAUACAGAACCCCCUACUUACCUAUUGCCAUGACUGGCAGCCACUACCCCGCGCCAGCUACUGAGCGGGACAGGAUUUACCAACACAAAGUCUCCCUGGUUGUACGAUAUUUCAUGAUCCCAUGUAACAUUUGCCUGAUCCUGCUUGCCACAUCCACCCUGGGAUUUGCAGUUCUGCUAUUCCUCAACAACUAUAAACCAGGCAUUCAUUUCUCGAGCCCACAGCCAACCCUGCAGGAUGUGUGCCGUGGAAUGCUGUGCGGCUUUGGAGCAGUGUGUGAGAGGAACAGCGCCGACCCAUCACAGGCCGCUUGUGUCUGUAAGAAAACCGCCUGCCCCUCCCUGGUUGCACCUGUUUGCGGAUCCGAUUAUUCUACCUACAGCAACGAGUGUGAGCUGGAGAGAGCCCAGUGUAACCAGCAGAGGCGAAUCAAAGUGAUCAGCAAAGGGCCUUGUGGUUCCCGUGACCCAUGUUCGUCAGUCUCCUGUAGCUAUGGCAGCACCUGUGUUCGCUCAGCUGAUGGACAGACGGGCAAAUGUGUCUGCCCAACCACCUGCUCGGCUGUGCCAGAGAACAUAGUUUGUGGCAGUGAUGGCAAAGACUACCGAAACGAAUGCCUUCUGAACAAGCAGGCAUGUGACAAUCAAGAAAAUCUGUACAAGAAAUUUGAUGGCUCCUGUGACCCAUGCAAAAGCGCACUCAAUGAUCUGAAUAGAGUAUGUAGAGUGAACCUCCGCACUCGAAAGGUUGAAAUGCUUACUCGGCCGGAGAACUGCCCAGCUUCCAGACAACCGUUAUGCGCUGAUGACGGAGAGACUUAUGAUAAUGAGUGUGUGAUGACCAGGACUGCAGCCAUCCGUGGUAUAGACCUGCAGAAAGUACGCUCAGGGCAGUGCCUGCCUCAGGAUAAAUGCAAGGAUGAAUGUAAGCACAAUGCUGUGUGCCUUAACCGACGAGGAGUGACCCGCUGCUCAUGUGACCGUAUUACCUGUGAUGGCACUUACAAGCCUGUGUGUGGCCGUGACAGCCGUACCUAUGCCAAUGACUGUGAGAGGCAGAAAGCAGAAUGCCAUCAGAAGAUAGCCAUCCCAAUAAAGCAUAAGGGACCAUGCGAUCUUCAUGCCCCCAGUCCGUGCUUGGAUGUAGAGUGCAGUUUUGGAGCAGCAUGUGUAGUGAAGAAUCAGAAAGCAAUAUGUGAAUGUCAACAGAUGUGCCAGAGUAUAUAUGACCCUGUUUGUGGCAGUGACAAACGCACCUAUGGAAACCCCUGUGAACUUGAAGCCACUUCCUGUGCUCUAAAGAAGGAAAUCACAGUGAAACACAAAGGACCCUGUGACCGCUGCGGCAAAUGCCAGUUUGGAGCAAUCUGCGAGGCAGAGACAGGCCGUUGUGUUUGUCCGACAGAAUGUAUUACUUCGGCUCAACCUGUGUGCGGCACUGACGGAAAUACUUACGGCAGUGAGUGUGAACUUCACGUACGAGCAUGCACUCAGCAGACAGAUCUGCAAGUGGCUGCACAAGGAGAUUGCAAAACUUGUGGAAACACCAUCUGCUCUUUUGGCGCAAAAUGUGUAGACGGACAAUGUGUGUGCAUGGUGUGCAAUAAGCAAGCCUACCUUCCUGUGUGCGGUAGUGAUGGGGUAACCUACGAUAACCAGUGUCAGCUUCAAGCUACGUCGUGUAUGAAGAAAAAGAAGAUAGAGGUGUCUCGUACGGGCUCUUGUGAAGACGAAUGUGGCUCUGGUGGCUCAGGUUCCGGAGAGGACAGUGAGUGUGAGCAGGAUCGCUGCAGACGUUAUGGUGGCUCGUGGGAUGAAGAUGCUGAGGAUGAUCGUUGUGUUUGUGAUUUCACCUGUCACGCAGUGCUACGUAACGUGGUGUGCGGAUCAGAUGGAACUACUUACUCCAAUGAGUGUGAACUAAAGAAAACGCGGUGUGAGAGGCGGCAGGAUCUGUACAUGGUUGCUCAGGGACCCUGCCGAGCUACAACUACCAGUUCCACGCCUCCCAUGAUUCCACACUGUAGUAAUACCGUCUACGGCUGCUGUCCUGACAAUAUCACUGCAGCCCUUGGAGUUGGUCAAGCCGGAUGCCCAAGCAGCUGUCAGUGUAACCAGCACGGAUCCUAUGGAGGCAGCUGUGACCCUACAACUGGUCAGUGCUCUUGUAAGCCUGGUGUGGGAGGGUUGAAGUGUGACCGUUGUGAGCCCGGAUUCUGGAACUUCCGUGGAAUUGUGACGGAUAAAAAAAGUGGCUGUACCCCCUGCAAUUGUGAUCCAGUUGGGGCGGUACGGGAUGACUGUGAGCAGAUGACCGGACUUUGCUCUUGUAAGACGGGAAUCUCUGGUCUAAAAUGCAGUCAGUGCCCAGACGGGCGCAAGCCUGGCUUAACUGGCUGCGAAAAAGAUCCUUCAGCGCCUAGAUCCUGUGAUGCCAUUACAUGCCAGUUUGGUGCAUCUUGUGUGGUAGUUGGCGGCUUUGCUCACUGUGAGUGCCCAUCUCCCCUAUGUGCAGAGGCAAAUCUCACCAAGGUGUGUGGGUCUGACGGUGUGACAUAUGCAGACUGGUGUCAGCUGAAAACCAUAGCUUGCCGACAGGGCCGAACCAUUUCAGUCAAGUACACCGGGCCAUGCCAAGAAACCAUCACUCCUUCAAAUCUUCAAACCGUAGCUCCAAAUGGAACACCAGCCCCUCCCAUUGGUCGAUCAAUUCCCACACCGACAACACCUUCAAAGGCUCCUAAACCAAAAAAGCCAAUCAACUCCUUCCAAUUGGUGAUGGAAACCACAGCUGCCCCCAAAGUUCGUGCAACGAGUACUGCCAGACCUGUGACCCAGACGCACAGCGCACGCACGACCACUAUUAAACCAACUGUGACAGUUCCUGUGGUCCGACCCACAUAUUCUCAAACAUAUGAUGAAUCCGGCAGUGGAAGUGGUGAUGAGGACAUGGAAAGCAGCGGAGAUCUAGAAAUAAGUGGAUCAGAACCAAAAACAGGAACACCAGAUGAAGAACUUCAGGAACAAGAGGACGAUGACGACUCAUUGGCCACCCCAGUCAUGGAGAGAGCCAGCUGCUAUAACACACCUUUAGGAUGUUGCUCAGAUGGGAAGACCCCAGCCCUCGAUACUGAGGGGACAAACUGCCCAAAAACCAAAAUAUUCCAGGGUGUUCUCAUUGUGGAGGAACUGGAAGGCCAAGAGGUGUUUUAUACGCCUGAAAUGUCUGAUUAUAAGUCUGAACUCUUCGGAGAAACCGCUAGAAGCAUUGAGAAUGCAUUGGAUAAUCUUCUCCGAAAUUCAGAUGUAAAGAGAGAUUUCAAGAGCAUUCGCAUACGGGACCUUGGGCCAAGCAAUUCCAUCAGAGCCAUCGUUGAAGCACAUUUCGACCCAGCUACCACGCUGACGUCCCUGGAGGUACAGAAAGCAUUGCUAAGGCAGCUGAAAAGCUCUAAGAAGAAGUCAAUCACUAUAAAGAAGCCCACUCAGGACAAUGUCAAAUUCUUGGAUUUUGGUGAGAUAUCUGAUUGGGUACCACUUAUGGUUACAACCACUACCACAACUGCUGCCACUACUAGUACUGUUGCUACUACCAGCACCAUGGCAACCACUACACCUGCAGUAAUGACCACCACAAACACUAUGGUAACUACGCCAUCCCCAAGAAGACAACUUUCUGUCAAGACCACCCCAGUGCCUCUCCUUCAGCAUCCAGUAACCACAGUCAGAAUGACCACAAGGAAGCCAACCACUACCAAGAGACCAACAACCACUCUCGCUGCCACAACCAGGAGAAAACCCACUCGCCAGCCGGCUGUCACUAAGAAACCUCCACGACCCUGCGAUUCCCACCCUUGCUUGCAUGGGGGCACCUGUGAGGAUGAUGGAAGAGACUUUACCUGCAAAUGCCCGGCUGGAAAAGGAGGAGCUGUGUGCGAGAAAAACAUCAAGUAUUUUAUUCCUGGCUUUGGGGGCAAGUCAUACCUUGCAUUCAAGAUGAUGAAGGCGUAUCAUACAGUGCGCAUUGCCAUGGAGUUCCGCUCCUCUGAACAGAAUGGGUUGCUUUUAUACAAUGGACAGAUUCGCGGGAAAGACUUUAUCUCACUGGCUGUAGUAAAUAGCUUUGUGGAGCUCAGGUUUAAUACUGGAUCAGGAACUGGAAUCAUCACCAGUAAAGUCCCCAUUGAACCUGGCAAGUGGCAUCAGUUAGUUGUGACACGUAACCGGCGCAGCGGCAUGUUAUCAGUCGAUGGAGAAACCCAUGUGAAUGGCGAGAGUCCAUCCGGUACUGAUGGUCUGAACCUGGAUACAGACCUUUUCAUAGGAGGAGCGCCAGAAGACCAGAUCUCUGUGGUCUCUGAAAGAACCUCCGUAUCCGUUGGUCUCAAGGGCUGCAUCCGUCUGCUGGAUGUGAACAAUCAAGUAUACAAUCUGCAGGAGGAGGGCGAAGAUGUCUUGUAUGGAAGUGGAGUAGGAGAAUGUGGGAACAACCCCUGUCAGCCUAACCCUUGUCACAAUGGUGCCAUCUGCCUGGUAAAGGAAGCAGAGAUGUUCCACUGCCAGUGUUUGCACGGAUAUACAGGUCCAACAUGUGCAGAUGAACGGAACCCAUGUGACCCUAAUCCUUGCCAUGUCUCUGCUACCUGCCUGGUGCUUCCUGAAGGUGGAGCCAAGUGCGAGUGCCCAAUGGGCAGAGGGGGAGAAUUUUGUGAAAAGGUUAUGGACCAGGAUCUGAAUGUUCCAUUCUUACCUCAGUUUAAUGGAUUCUCUUACUUGGAGAUGAAAGGGCUCCAGACAUUCGCCACUGACCUACAGGAGAAGCUUGCUAUGGAGGUGAUAUUCCUUGCCAGAAGCCCCAAUGGCCUGAUCUUCUAUAAUGGGCAGAAAACAGACGGCAAAGGAGAUUUUGUGUCCCUGGCACUGCACGACGGACAUCUGGAGUACAGAUACGAUUUGGGGAAAGGAGCGGCCGUCAUCAAGAGCAAGGAGAGGAUACCACUAAAUGCCUGGGUUAGUGUGUCCCUGGAACGGAGUGGCAGAAAGGGGUUAAUGAGGAUCAAUAACAUGGAACAGGUCACUGGAGAGUCACCGGCACCUCACACUGCUCUCAAUUUAAAGGAGCCGCUCUUUGUGGGAGGAGCAACAGAUUUUAGCAAACUGGCUCGAGCUGCAGCCGCUUCCACUAGCUUUGAUGGAGCCAUCCAGAAGAUUUCCAUCAAGGGGCUUCCUAUUCUAAAGCAGGAGAACAUCCGUCGAGCCAUUGAGAUCUCUACAUUCCGUGGCCAUCCCUGUACUCAGAAACCCAACCCCUGCCAGAACUCUGGUCUGUGUGCGCCCAAAAAGGAGACCUAUGAGUGCGUGUGCCAAAGGGGCUUUUCAGGGGCACAGUGUGAAAGAGUGACUAUUGAGAAGUCAGCGGGAGAGUCUGAAUCAGUGUCCUUUGAUGGCAGGACAUACCUAGAAUAUCAUAAUGCCGUGUCCAAGAGCGAAAAGGCACUGCUAACCAAUCAGUUUGAGCUAAGCAUCAAGACGGAAUCAACUCAGGGUCUGAUCCUAUGGAGCGGCAAAGGCACAGAGCGCUCUGAUUACAUUGCCCUAGCUGUGGUUGGCGGCUACGUCCAGAUGACCUAUGACCUUGGCUCCAAACCAGUGGUUCUGCGUUCUACAGUUCCUGUAAACACCAACCAGUGGAUACGCAUCAAAGCCCUAAGAAACAACAGAGACGGCAUCCUGCAAGUUGGCAAUGAAGCUCCCGUCUUUGGCUCCUCUCCUUUUGGAGCCAAACAACUGGAUACUGAUGGGGCCCUCUGGCUUGGCGGAAUGGAAAAGCUGAGCGUCUCUUACAAGUUACCCAAAGCUUACAGCACAGGAUUCAUUGGCUGUAUGAAGGAUGUUAUAGUUGAUCAACAAGAACUUCACCUGGUGGAAGAUGCAUUGAACAACCCCCCUAUACUAUACUGCUCAGCCAAAUAAUUUGGGACCCACUUCUCUUCCUCUCUACAUCUUACUCCCCCUUUCCCUCCUCUCCCCGCCCAUUCACUGCUGUAAUUAUUUUCUAUUUUUGUAAACUUAUUGCUUUUUAUAUUUUGUGUGGCGGGGGAGGAAGGAGAAGGCAAACGGUGUACGUAUGUGUAUGUGAGUAUGUGUUGAACAGGCAACCAGACCAAAAGUUUUAAUUGGGGGUGAAAAUACAGUAGAUGUUCAGUGCAGAACAAAGCUGGUAUGUUAAAGCAAUUUAUAUGUGAUGAUGGGCCUUAUUGCAUUACAAUCAGGGAUUACAGGGGAAGAUUUAAUAAAUAUUUUGUGGACAGGUGUAUGCAAAAGCCCACCGACCCCACCCCUGGUUGCACAUUUAGUGUGUGUGUGUGAGCGCAUGCAUUUUGCCCCUGAUGUCUCUGAAGUAUGGUACACUAAGCUUGGGCCAUGCACGGUCUAUGUGAGAUGCUGCUUGUAUUGCGUGUACCAAGGAAUUGUGCUAUUUGAAUGAAUGGAUGUUUCCAUUGUUGACUGUUUUGCAUGUCUGAGACUUUAAACCAUAAAGGAGAAAGGGUCCCUGAUGUUAUAUAGUGGCCUUCUUGUCAUAAUAAUGUGCGCGUGUGCAUUGUGAGGUCUUUUUGAUUCCUCUGAAUCCCAGCCCAUGAGGAGAUGUAAACCAAUCCCCCCUUUUUUCAGAAACAUUUUCCCCAAAGGGGCUGUACAUUCCUAUUUUUGCGUUUUAUUGUGAGGCACAGUCAAAUCAGAAUGUGGUUGAAACAGGCAACCCUCUGGUUCCACCUGUACAAUUAUUGAAUAGUGUGUUCAAAAUUAUAUUUUGUUUUUUUUUUUUUGAGUUCAGUGUAUUUUAAAAUAUAUCUAACCUAGUCAAUUCCUUGGUGUAAUCUGCAGCCAGGGAAGUACUUAAUCCCUUCUGGGACAGGGUGUUUAUUAAACGUACCAAGGUUAUUUUAAUUGUUGCCUUCUUAGUUGUAUAUGAUCAUUACAGAAAUAUAUUUUAACCAUAAACGUUAACCUGGUUAUUUUAACAAAAUUAGUCAUUUGAUGGAGGAUUAACUUUAUAGAAAUCAGAAAACAUCUCUAGUUGCAAAAUGAGGCAUUGGUUUUAGAUAUCCUUAGAUAGAUAAUGUAACCAAAUGUCACUUUGCACCCCAAGGAUAAGGAUAAUUAAAUACAAUGUGUUUUUAUUGUACAUACAAAAAUAAGGAUCACAGCAUAGACAAUAUCGAUGUGACUACAUCUUUGUUUAGUUACAUUGUUUAUGAAUUUGCUAUGUAGAGAAAUGAUCUGUUGCUUGUGUUCUUGCUGGCUGUUAAUAUUCUGAAAAAUAAAACUACAUUGUAUAGGAAUAAAGCUAAUUUGGAACCUGUGGUGGGCAAGUCUUUAACACACAAAUGCCAUAAGAUUUAAAUAAUGUUAUGAUUCAAAAUAAUCUACAUCCACUUUAAAUGCACAUAAAUGUCUUUAUGAAGCAUUAACCCAAUUUUAAAGAUUUAUUUACAAAGCACUAGUUUAGUAUUUACUUGUAUUUUCCAUGCAGCAUUUGAAAGCACCAUAGGUAUCACUGCCUUCUUUUUCCACUGCCCUCCAGAUAUGCACUCUUGUGAAAUGUUCCGCUACCCACUCUAGGUUGGCUGUGAGUGUACUUUGGAGAGCAGUGUUAAAAGGUAAAUGUGGCUUCAGCGGUAUCAAAUAUAUAAAAGGAGUUUUCAUGCAAUUAAGUGCUUUACUAAUCCUUAAAACAUAUUUAAAAUUAGCCUGACGCAUAAUAAUAAUUGAAUGCCCCUUUCAAUAGAUUAUAAAUUGAUCUUUAUUUUCAUUUUGAGAUUGUACAGAAAUGAAUAUACAAUAACAAAAUAUUCUUCACUGUACCCACAGAAUGUAAUGUACUCUACAAUGAAUGCUGGUUUCCUUUGGUCUUUUUUUUAUACUCAAGAUCCAAAUAAAUUUGCAAGGUAGCUGCCUUGUGCACUAGAAAGCCUUUUGUAAUCUGUUGCUUUACAUUCUUAAAGAGCCAUAGAUUUUUAAAUUGUCCUUGUCACCUUCAAUGUUAAACAGCUUUUUUCAUGAUAUAUAUUAAUUUACCCAAACAUCUCUAGUUGACUAUAAGUAAUUCAAACAGUGCACUUUUCAUUUGACCUAAAAUAUAGGUUGUGUUGUGCUAUAAGUAUAUAUCUUGCUGUAAAUACACCAUUUUAUCCUCUUUUGAAGUAUGGAUCAGAGGUUCAAUGCAGUAAUGAAAUAGGAGUGUAUGUGUGUACUUGUAUGUGUGUGUGCUUGCGCGUGUGUGCGCUCGCCUAAUCCUUCUCCCUGGCUUGUCUGUAAUACUUCCCAGUGAUCCAUUAUGAAAUAUAUAUAUAUUUAUAUGCAGUAAAUUCCUCUUGUAUGCACAGCAUUUGGACUUUCUCAAGAAGACAGAAGCUGCAUACCUCCUUAUUUUCACCAUUAGACAAAUAUAUUUCUGUUUCUAAUUUUCAAGGUUUUUUGUAUUUUUUUUGGAACUGUGAAGUUGUGUUGUGAUUCUUAUGGGUUUUUUCAUUCACAACAGACUGGAAGGGCUGCAGAGCAAUAUAUGGAGCAAGUCGGCCUUCCAUACUCAUGCUCCAAGAGCACCUCUUUGUUCUUGAUCUUCACGCAUCUAAUCUCACACAUUAAGAAAUUUCUUGGGUUACCAUCCAGCCUUCCCACAUUUUUAUAUAAUGGUAACCUUAUACUUACAGCUUCUUACUGCUAUUCAGAGAUUGUGGUAAAAAGCCAACUGUGGGUUCAUUUUUGUUGGUGCUAUUAGUAUACAUAAUCAAAAUAGAGACCAAAAGUAUUUGAGGAGGCUUCAGGGAGGGGAGGUAUACAUGGGCAUUAUAGCACAGUCUGUAUCACGGGAUUUCCCCACUACCUGCUUGCAUACAAGUGGAAUUGAUUGUGUAUGGAGUUAGUUUCUACUGUCCUGGUUAGGACAUUCCACUUUAGCGUAGGAAAAAAAUGGGGUGGUAGGGACAGGCAAUGUGUUACCAAGGGCUUGAUGUGUUAGAUGGUUUCCAAAAUGUGCCAGAGAACAAACUAGAGACAAUUAAUCAUGUGUCUCUACCUAGUAACCACAGAUCAUGCCCUGAUAUGCAUUAGCCAUGAUAUAAGUGUUCUUCAAUUACGUUUCCUGACAGUGCGCAAACUUUACAAGAAAAUAGCAGCAUGGUGAUAUAGCUUGAUUUUUAGACCCAGUUCAUUGACCAGAGGUCUGAUUUUUUUUUCUGUUUUCAAUAUGUUCAUGCUGGGAAGAAUCUGUCCAUAUAAUUUACACAAAAUGCACUGUAGUGUAAAAAUAAUGUGGAAUUGCACUCAACAUCUAUUGGUUCAAAAUAUGUCUCAAGCACCGCCCUAGUGGCUGCAGACAGAACUUGCAGGAGGGUUGCUAUCUAAACGAAUUGACCUCAGCAUAGAGUUCUAGAUUAUAGAUGUCUUAAGUGAUAAGAAAGCUGUUGGUUGAAGAGCUCAUAUUUCACUAGUUUUUAUGGAAAUAUGUUGAUUUUCUUAAUUUCUGGCUUACAAAAGCCUGUUCAACCAUUCCAUUUUAUGUACUUUAUCCUGCUGUUUAUUUUACAGUUCUCCAUCUGAUCUGGCACAUUAGAAUCUUGUUCACUUACAUUUCAGUUCUAUGUUUUGUAUUAGCAUUUAUAUCCAUGAUAAACAAAAUGUUUUUUUGUUUUAAUUUAUGUCUCUCAAUGCAUCACAAUACUAGGAUAGUAAAACCGCUGUGAUCUGCUGUAGGAGUGUCGGAGGAUUGUGCACAGUAUACAGAACAGCAUGUUAUAACCAUUACUAACUUUAUUACUUGUCUUUCAUCCAAUCACCACAAAAUAAAGACUGAAAACUAUUUAAA